CCCAAGCACGAAAGCCACGCCGACAAAUCCACUGUUCUCCAUGCUCUUCUGAAUUUCUGACACACCCAAACAACCCCCCCAGAUCCAAUGCACACCAAUCCAACCCCUCACGUGCCACUCAUACGGUCCCGUCCCCCUCGCACGUGCCGACCAUCCCCGCCUUUUUCUCUCACCCCACUGUCCUCAGAUUCCCACCUGCAACAAGACCACCCCAAAAGGGAAAGAAACCCCAAAUGCAUGCAUGCUCACACCGCCAACCACAGCCCCCGAUCCGAACCCGAUUAGGGUUUUCUGCACUUCGCGUCGCGUAGAUCCACAGAGCUCCGAAAGCUCCAUUAUCAACUGCUCCGAAUUCUCGAGGAGGUUGUAGAAAUUUCUGGAAGGUUUGCCUCUCAGCAAUGGAGUCCAUAAUGGCUCUGGCUCUGGAGUACACUCUCAAGUACUGGUUGAAGUCCUUCUCCAGAGACCAGUUCAAGUUGCAGGGACGGACCGCGCAGCUUUCUAAUUUGGACAUAAACGGCGAUGCUGUGCAUUCGAGCAUGGGAUUGCCUCCGGCACUGAAUGUAGCCACGGCCAAAGUCGGAAAACUGGAGAUAGUGCUCCCAUCUGUGAGUAAUGUACAAAUAGAGCCGAUUGUUGUGCAAAUUGAUAGGCUUGAUUUGGUUUUAGAAGAGAAAUCAGAUAUGGAUGCAAGCAGCCCAAGAAGUUCACCGUCAUCCUCUAGCUCUGCGAAGGGUAGCGGUUAUGGAUUUGCUGAUAAGAUUGCAGAUGGUAUGACUGUGGAGAUUCUCACAGUUAAUCUUCUACUUGAAACUCGUGGGGGUGGUCGAUGCCAAGGAGGGGCGAGUUGGGCAUCACCUCUGGCCUCUAUCACUAUACGCAACCUUUUGCUGUAUACUACUAAUGAAAAUUGGCAGGUUGUAAAUCUUAAGGAAGCACGAGAGUUCUCCAGUGACAAAAAGUUCAUUUAUUUGUUCAAAAAACUUGAGUGGGAGUCUUUGUCUAUCGAUCUCCUGCCUCACCCUGAUAUGUUCAUGGAUGCUAAUAUAGCACGUACUGAGGAUGGAGGAAACCAGCGAGAUGAUGAUGGUGCAAAGCGAGUUUUCUUUGGUGGGGAGCGUUUUAUAGAAGGAAUUUCAGGAGAAGCUUAUAUCACAGUGCAAAGGACUGAAUUGAACAGUCCACUUGGGCUUGAGGUUCAGAUCCAUAUCACAGAGGCCAUUUGUCCUGCAAUAAGUGAACCAGGCCUACGUGCUCUUCUCCGCUUUAUGACAGGAUUGUAUGUCUGCCUGAAUAGGGGAGAUGUAGAUUCAAACACUCAGCAGCGAUCCACAGAAGCAGCAGGACGUUCUAUAGUCUCAAUUGUUGUGGACCACAUAUUUCUCUGCAUUAAAGAUGCUGAGUUCCAGCUCGAACUUUUGAUGCAAUCACUCUUCUUCUCACGGGCUAGUGUUUCAGAUGGAGAAAUUGACAACAACUUGUCAAGGGUUAUGAUUGGUGGACUGUUUUUAAGGGAUACCUAUUCACGACCUCCAUGCACCUUAGUUCAACCAUCUAUGCGAGCAGUUUCUGAAGAACCUUUGCAUGUUCCUAAUUUUGGUAAAAACUUUUCCCCUCCCAUAUAUCCUUUGGGAGAUCAGGAGUGGCAGUUAAUUAAGGGUGUUCCUUUUUUAUGCCUCCAUUCUCUUCAGAUCAAGCCCUCCCCAGUCCCUCCAUUUUUUGCUUCGCAAACUGUAAUUAAUUGUCAGCCCCUCAUGAUUGAUCUCCAGGAAGGAUCCUGUUUGAGGAUCUGUUCCUUCCUGGCUGAUGGAAUUGUAGUCAAUCCUGGUGCUGUUUUAGCAGAUUUCUCCGUAAAUUCCUUGAUUUUCAACCUCAAGGAGUUAGAUGUGGCUGUUCCUUUGGACAUAGACAGUAACCCUGCUAACAAAAGGGGCAGUAUCAACCAGAGUGCCUUUUCUGGGGCAAGGCUUCAUAUUGAGAACUUGUUCUUUUCGGAGUCACCGUCACUAAAACUAAGGUUAUUGAAUCUGGAGAAGGAUCCUGCUUGCUUCUGUCUCUGGGAAGGUCAACCGUUUGAUGCUAGCCAGAAGAAAUGGACUACUAGAGCAUCACACCUUAGUUUGUCACUAGAAACAUGUACUAAGUCAGCUGGACUUCAGAGUUCUCUUGAUCAGAAUUCAGGCUUGUGGAGAUGUGUUGAGCUGAAAGAUGCUUGUGUUGAAGUAGCUAUGGUAACUGCUGAUGGGAGCCCUUUAACAAAUGUUCCUCCCCCUGGUGGUAUUGUCAGGGUUGGGGUAGUUUGUCAAAACUAUCUCUCUAACACUUCUGUUGAACAGUUAUUUUUUGUUUUGGAUCUUUAUGCUUACUUUGGCAGAGUUAGUGAAAAGAUUGUCCUCGUUGGAAAAAAUACUGGACAAAAGAAAAAUAGGGAUCAUUCUAGUGACGGAAAGCUGAUUGACAAGGUUCCCAAUGAUACAGCAGUAAGUUUAGCAGUGAAAGACCUUCAAAUUAGAUUUCUGGAAUCAUCUUCCAUGAAUAGCCAAGGAAUGCCUCUAGUUCAGUUUAUCGGGGAUAAUCUCUUCAUAAAAGUUACUCACAGAACUCUUGGUGGUGCAAUUGCUGUUUCAUCCACUAUACGUUGGGAUAGUGUUGAGGUGGACUGUGUAGACACUGAGAGAAACUUGGUUGUUGAGAAUGACACAGUUUUAACUUCUAUUGAAAAUGAUCUUUCAACAAGUGGAAAUGGGUACCCUGAACUAAGACCUGUAUUUUGGAUAGAUAACCAAAGAAAACAUCAAUCAAAUGGAAAAGUUUUUGUAGAUCCGUUUCUGGACAUAAGCAUGGUACAUGUAAUUCCUUUAAAUGAACGAGAUGUAGAGUGUCAUAGUUUGAAUGUGUCAGCGUGUAUCUCUGGUGUUCGCCUAGGUGGGGGAAUGAACUAUGCUGAAUCCCUGCUGCAUCGCUUUGGAAUACUUGGCCCUGAUGGUGGUCCUGGAAAGGGGCUUUCUAAAGAGUUAGAAAAAUUACGAGCAGGACCACUGUCAAAACUUUUCAAACCAUCGCCACUCAUUGCUGAUUUGAAAGAGGAUGGAAGUUCAGGAGAUGGGAAAGAAAGUGGGGUUUUGCACUUGGGAAAACCAGAUGAUGUGGAAGUCUCCAUAGAAUUGAAAAAUUGGUUAUUUGCUCUUGAAGGUGAACAGGAGAUGGCAGAAAGAUGGUGGUUCAAUCAGGAGGAUGUGGGAAGAGAAGAGAGAUGUUGGCACACAACAUUUCAUAAUCUGCAUGUGAAAGCGAAAAGCAGUCCCAAGCAUAUGUUGAAUGGUAAUGGAAAGUCAUACAGGACAGAGAAAUAUCCUGUGGAAUUGGUUACAGUUGGUGUGGAAGGCUUGCAAACUUUAAAGCCCCAUGCCCAGAAUUGUAUUGAUGCUGCUGUCUUACCUGUGAAUGGGAUCAAGGAAACUGCUGACACAUCUGCAGGUAUAGAUCUUGAAGUUCGCAUGGUGAUAUCAGAGGACACGGUUGAUCAUGAAAUGGUGGAAUGGGCUGUGGAAAAUGUGAAAUUCUCUGUUAAGCAACCGAUUGAGGCGGUUGUGACAAAAGAUGAGUUGCAACAUCUUACUUUCCUGUGCAAGUCAGAAGUUGAAUCAAUGGGUCGAAUCACUGCUGGAAUUCUGCGGCUACUCAAGCUGGAGGGGUCCAUUGGCCAGGCUGCAAUGGAACAACUAAGCAACCUUGGUGGAACUGAGGGCAUUGACAGGAUAUUCUCCCCUGGAAAGCUAAGCAGGGGUAGCAGCUUUUGCAGUACUGGGCUCCCUCAAUCAAAUUUGAUUGGUGAAACCCCAUCUACAACCGCCACCUUGGAAUCAACAGUGGCUUCACUUGAGGAGGCAUUUACAGAUUCACAGGCCAAGUGUGCCACUCUUCUUGCCGACCUAGGUAAUUCAGAAUCUUCCGUGCAGCAUCUUGCAACUGUAAAACAGCUCACUCUGAAACUUCAGAGUAUGCAGAGUUUAUUGACGCAAUUACGGUCUCACAUAUAGUUGGCCAAUUUGUGCUAUUCUUUCUCCCCUGUUAUACUUUGGAAUGAAAAUAGUCCCAAUCAUAUAGCUUACCCAUUCUUUUUUGUAUAUACGGGAGACCAAAUUGCUUGGUGAGUGUUUGUACUAAUCAGGCAGAGAGAAAAUCUAUUCAUUUGUCUGGUAAAUCAAUUUUGUAUCUAAGGUCCUAUGUAUUGAUCUAAAUUUCUAAGGUAUGCCGUGUCACAUCUCCUGUUAGCUAUGAUGAUGGCCAAUUGGCAAAUAUGAUGUGUACUUGAUUUCACGUUUA